AUGACAGCCCAGCUUGCGCAAUGCAUCACAUUCAAGGAGAGUAUUUGCGUCGGUCCAAAGGGAGUUGAUAUUGACAUUCUCAACACGUCACUGCCCUCUGCAGAUGAUUGCUGCAAAGCUUGCAGUACAUCCGUGGAAUGCAGAGGCUGGACCUUCAAGUCUGGCAGUUGCUCGCUGAAAAGCCUCUGCCCUCUGACGGGUUGGCCCGGAGACAUCGCCAGCACAUCAGGCGCGACGCUGUCACCCCCCGGACCCCCCAUACCUUCAAGGUGCUCUGCAGAAGAGACGUACGGUUGGCCGAAGUUUCACAGCCGGGCGGAGCUACUGAGCUCGGUGUGGGCAACAUACUUCGAGCGUGUCUAUGGGGCAGUUCCACAAGUUGGGUACCCGAUAUGCACUUGGGAUUUCUGGUAUUUGGACCGGGAUAGUUAUGAGCGCGCAGGCAUCGCUGGGCACCCGGUGAAGUAUGUGAUUGACUGGCUUCAUGGUAUGAACCACGUGGAUGUUGGUGACCUGUAUGACGUGAAGGUGACUGAUGUGAAUAAGGGUUCCUACAAGAAUGGCCUCUGGAUCAAGCACGUGAAAGGAGGCUAUGGCAGAAAAGGCUACGGUGCUGCUGGGAACCACCAGUGGAUCGAGGUGCGCCACCAGGGGGGAGGAGUGACAGGUGAGGAAGUCGGAAUGUGGUUUCUCUAUGCUCCCGGCAGUGGUGUGUGGUUCAACACAGGACGGACUCGCGUUUUUGAAACGCACGCGGUUGCAGCCGAACAGCUGUGCGGUCGCCAGGUAGGCCCCAAUGAUGCAACUGAAAUGGUUAGGUGUGCAGCCGAAGCAGGCAGCCUGGACAGCUUCCAGUUUCAGUACGACUGGGACGUUCCUGAAAAUGUUGAGAUUGUUGCAGUGAACCUGCAAGGAGUGUACCCAUGUGGUACAGCUGCGUCUGGCAGGGUAGCUGCGUUCCGUUCGGGCUGGAUGGCAUCAAGCCCAUGUGACUGCGACAAUGCCGCACGCGAUGGGUUUUUGAACUGCAACUUGAAUCAGACUGUUGCCAGAGUAAGAGGCAUCGGAAGUUCCACAAGCUUUGCCACCUUCCACUCAGAAGCAGUCACGUCUGCUGUGACAGGAGCCUUGGUAGUAUCGGUGGCUUUAGCAGUCUGCACAGUUUUCGGCAAGAAGAUCGCCGGCGAUCCAAGACCAAACGUUCCGCACCAGGACCUUUCUAGCGCCGAGACCUGCCGCGAGUACUUGCUAAAGAUCGGGUGGAUGAUGGCACAGCUUCUGCUAGCGGGGGUUAGUCUUGGGAUUGUUUCCUGA